CUUUCAAAGAACCGUUACAAACAGGAACCCGCGACAUAACAAGGCCAAUACGUGCCUUGAACCUAUUUGCUGUACCUUGGCUUAGAUAUGUUAGUUAUGGCCUAGAGGUAUGAGCCAUGUCUGGACUACGGAUUCUUCGAUACAGAUUGGAGGGUAUUCCUGGAGUAUGAGGCCGGCUUAGAUGAUGGAGUCCUGUGAUGCAUCUCGCAUAAUAUCCUUUGCAAUCUUCGUCCGCGGAGAAUAAUAUCAUUUAAGGCAUUUAGUCGCACCAUGGCCGCCAUCACGGUAAAAGAAAGAGAUUCUAUAGUUGUCAACAGUGCACGAUGGACCUCAUCACCGACUCCCCAGGUCUGGGCGAAUGGUGAUGAAAUCCUUACGAAACGCAUGGAAGAACAUCACUUUUUGGCACGGAUGACAAGUCGACUAUCCGGCCGAAGAUAACCGUACACUGAUGAAGGGGAUGAUGGAU